AGUCGGCUUGGAAUAUCAGACGGAUUAACCGCAUCACUGACUGACCCCAAUCUAAGCCCCUUCGUCUAAUCAGCCAACUGGUGGGCGACUAGGCGACAACAACGCAGUUCCUUCCAUCAGUCAGUUGGAGCCAGUUGCCUCUAAGACGAUGAUCUGGAUGUGGCUGCCACUUGUGUGCAUGUGCCUUCUGCCGCUUAUGCAGGCGGAUCAUGUGGCUCCCAAGCUGGAUAUUGCUGUGAAGGACUUCCAGCUGGAGCUGCUGCGCGAACUAGGCGACCUGCUGCAACAGCGGACUGAGCCGAGUCUCAACGAUUACCUGGAUCGUCUGGGGCGCAUUCCCAGGAAUGCCAACUAUACAGAACAGCUGAGUGCAGCGCGUGCCACGCCGAAGAUCCAAUCGAAGGUGACGCUCAUCAAGCAGCUGCUGGAUGUGCGACCUCACCUGGACACGGACAUGGAGUACACCAUCGUGCUGCGGAACCUGGUCUUUCUCAACCGACUGAGAUCCACGCUAAGGGCGGCCGAGGAGACCAGCACACAAGAGAUACGCAUGAUGCGCAUGUACCGCCUCUGCCAGCAGCUUGACCGCCCGGCUCCUCAUCAUCAAGGGAGUCGUCUGAUCAACGAACAGACAGUCGGCGCCGCAUUGGAGCAACUCAACCUGACCAAGAAGGAGGUCAACGCCACCGGCUUGGAUCUUAAUGAGUUUGGGGCGCAGCUUUACGAGCGAGUCAAGUUGUCGGGCGCCGAAAUCAUCGACAACUACCUGCACAUCCUGCGCUCCCUGCUGCAGGACAUCAUCGACGGCGACCAUGCGGAUCUGGCCGGCAGCACUGCCAAGCUGGACAAGAUGCUGCAGCAGCUGGACGCCAUGCUUGCCACAGCGGACUUCUUCGAGAAACGGCAGCGGGUGUACGCGUACCUGGAGACCCACUUGCGUAUGGAUUACGAGGAUAUGCGGGACACGUCGAGCAGCGAGCACAUCACCGAGCACCUACUCACCCAGCUGCGGACCAAGGGACUGGACCUGUUCGUCAUCUUCCUCUUCAGCAACUUUGAAUUCAUAGACCUGGUGCACGAGCACUGGGCUCAGCUGCUGCCACAGUCACCUAGUCUCCUCUACGACGACACCGCCCGCCAGCUGUACGAUCUGCAGCAGCUGUACCAGGCCUUCAAGCUGGACACGGACUGCGAGGCCAAGUACACGGCCUACUCGGACGCACUGCGUCGCUUGCACGAGCGGACCGUGGAGCAGGGCCAGCGCAAUAGGCACAUCUUUGAGCUGCUCCACAACGCCGCCCAAAGCGUCGGCACGGUCACCUUCAACAUGAUCCGGGACAAGUGCAACGAGCUGAGAUGAGCCUUAGUCCUUUAACAUUAUAAUAAACCCAUCUGGGCUGCUUAAAUGCUGGCGGUUCCAUACAUUUUACUAUAUAGUUCCAUACAUUUUACUAUAAAGUUCCAAAGAGUUUACCAUAUAGUUCCAUACAAUUUACCACAAAGUUCCAUAUGAGAAUGCCU